UGAAUCGGUCCCCACUGCUUCCAGAAGGAAAGGCAAGCUUGUUCCUAUGACAUCCCCGGACAGAUACUUGCCGCUGACCUGCCCAGGGCCCUGCAAGCCUUGAAAGGUCUCCUCCUCUUUCCCUGUGCAGGAGCCUGAGGUCUGCCUCCUAUGCACCCCAGCACCCCCAUCAGCUCCCUCUUCUCCUUCACCAGCCCCGCAGUGAAGAGGCUGCUGGGCUGGAAGCAGGGAGAUGAAGAGGAGAAGUGGGCAGAGAAGGCAGUGGACUCUUUGGUGAAGAAGUUAAAGAAAAAGAAAGGCGCCAUGGAUGAACUGGAGAGGGCGCUGAGCUGCCCGGGCCAGCCUAGCAAGUGCGUUACCAUCCCACGCUCCCUGGAUGGACGCCUCCAGGUGUCCCACCGAAAGGGGCUGCCCCAUGUCAUCUACUGCCGCGUGUGGCGCUGGCCAGAUCUGCAAUCCCAUCAUGAGCUGAAGCCCUUGGAAUGCUGCGAGUUCCCGUUUGGCUCCAAGCAGAAGGAGGUCUGCAUCAACCCAUACCAUUACCGCAGAGUGGAGACCCCAGUUCUGCCUCCAGUGCUGGUACCAAGACACAGCGAGUACAACCCUCAGCUCAGCCUCCUGGCCAAGUUCCGAAGUGCCUCGCUGCACAGCGAACCCCUCAUGCCGCACAACGCCACCUACCCUGACUCUUUCCAGCAGUCUCUCUGUCCGGCACCGCCCUCCUCGCCAGGACACGUGUUUCCGCAGUCUCCAUGCCCCACCAGCUACCCGCAGUCCCCCGGAAGUCCUUCCGAGUCAGACAGUCCUUAUCAACACUCAGACUUCCGGCCAGUUUGCUACGAGGAGCCCCUGCACUGGUGCUCUGUUGCCUACUACGAACUGAACAACCGGGUCGGAGAGACUUUCCAGGCGUCCUCCCGGAGCGUGCUCAUAGAUGGCUUCACAGACCCCUCCAAUAACAGGAAUAGGUUCUGUCUUGGGCUUCUUUCAAAUGUAAACAGAAACUCGACGAUAGAAAACACCAGAAGGCACAUUGGAAAGGGUGUGCAUUUGUACUACGUUGGGGGCGAGGUGUACGCGGAGUGCGUGAGCGACAGCAGCAUCUUUGUCCAGAGCCGGAACUGCAACUACCAGCACGGCUUCCACCCGGCCACUGUCUGCAAGAUCCCCAGUGGCUGCAGCCUCAAGGUCUUCAACAACCAGCUCUUCGCCCAGCUGCUCGCCCAGUCAGUGCACCACGGCUUUGAAGUUGUCUAUGAGCUGACGAAGAUGUGCACGAUUCGGAUGAGCUUUGUGAAGGGCUGGGGAGCCGAGUAUCAUCGCCAGGAUGUCACAAGCACCCCCUGCUGGAUUGAGAUUCAUCUUCAUGGACCACUGCAGUGGUUGGACAAGGUGCUAACUCAGAUGGGCUCCCCACACAACCCUAUUUCUUCAGUGUCUUAAGUCAUGUGCUCAGCUGCAUUUCCACAGAAUAGACGAAGGCAGGGGCUUCUACCACUGCAACUCGCAGCUAGUACAAGACCCUGGACGCAGAUUUAAACACGUAUGAUGCACACGAUUCCCAUUUCUAUCCCCAUUGGUUCUGUGCUACCUACUUAACCUGGGGCUAGUGCUGUGUGGUUGAAGAAGCACGUUUUCCAGACUGGUGCUCUGAUUAGAAGCCAAGUCUUUUGUGAGAGGGCAAGCGGCAUGUGAAGCCCACUGGGUCAGCUCAUUACUCUGCAGAAGGUUGUGCCCCAGAAGGAAAACACAGAGCUGCUUACAUAGGAAAAUACACGAGCACUAGAGCAAGACCAGUCAAACCCACAUGAUUGCAAAAAGACCUCACUUGCAAUGUGAAUGGCAAGAAAGGAGACCAAGCUUGUUCAAGGACCUGCGAGAGAGGCCCCAGAAACCUCUCUGCAGCUGAACUAUGUGUAGCCGCGUACUGCGCUGAUGUCAGGUACAUUUAACCGGAUUUAAACUGUGAUUGGAAAGGGGGAAACUGUGAAGCCUGGAGUCAGGUUGCCUCCGUCUACCACUGCUGAAACAUCCAGCAAGCAAGCAGCAAGCAAACAAAACCAAGGCUCAUGGGGGAAGACAGCCCGAGAUGAGCCUUGGUCCCCAGGGCAGGGCUAGCCCAGAAUUCAGGCCCAGGAGCACAGGGGCUCCUGCUUCCACUCUGGGCGUCAGCUUCCCGGCUUCCAGCUCCUCCUGUCUGACCUUGCAGAUGGCUGUCUGCUCUGUGUACACGGUGAACCCUGUGCUGAGGUGAAGCUGCAGAUGGAAGGUUGGGAGCGAAGUCGCAUGGCGACCUACACUACUAGGCAGGGCAUCCUUUGCCUCAUCUUCCCUCCUGGUGACAAACACUAAGUGGUUACAGAUGAUUUAAACGACAGCAAAGCCAUGGGGGAGAGCUAGAGGCAUCACUGGGUCGUGUACAUGCAUUUCUCAAUCCAGUGCCUGAGUUGAUUAAGUUAUUAGCUGGUUACAUCUGUGGCAGCCUCUUCUAAAGCUAUGAAAUACCUGGAUAGAGCCUCCCAGGUGAGGUAGGAAUGUUUCAUAUGCCCUACAUUUUUUUGAGGAAACAGUGGUAGUGAAUAAUAAAGCAUUUUUAAAAACACCUUAUGUAUAUAUAUACACAUAUAUACAUAUAAACAUAUAUGUACAUACACACACAUGCAUAUUUAGCAUGCAUGCAUCAACGCUUGUUAUUUCCUUUGUUGGAUGAUAAAGGGAGACAUCCUCCAGACUUCAGGGUACAUGCACUUGUUAAUCACCCCACUGCUUCUAAGUUUACUUCGGGCCCUUUGAGAAGCACAUUAUUUAGGAUGGCAUUCAUGGUUUCAAGGGUAGAGCGUCCACUGUCCGAGAUGCCUUCGUUCAAUCCACUCUGCCUAGCAUCAAUGUAUACGCACUGUUUGUUCCCCAUACAACUGUAUUUUAAGAUAGAGAUGAUGAUCACAAGUCACACACAAUGCCCACUCUUAUCUAUAAAACCUACCAUUCUUAUAUAUACAUAUUAUGUCAGAAAACACACAUUUCGUCUCAAACUACCACUUAGAGUGUAUAAUACCCAAGCAUGUUAAUUCAUACAGUCUGUCUUGUGCCUUUGUGUGUACUGGGUACGAUGUCAGGUGCUGUGGAUCAAAUGUACAUUAGCGGCAGUAGCCCCCACCUCCCCAACGCCCUAGAUCUAACAUUUGCAUAGACAUCGGGUCUGAGGACUUUAAAAACCCACACAUGUGAACUUUCUUGGGCUUGAAAAAUAAUGUAACCAAGUUCUUAAUUAUUAUUCUAUUGGAGUUUCACGUCGCUUCAGAACAAUUAGGUAAUUCGUCUUUGCAUAACUACUUUCACCCCUAGUCACUCCGCCUCCUGGAACCCUAUUUUUCUGGUUUUUCUCCUGGCUUCUUCCUCGGAAAAGCCAUGCAUAUGACAGAUCUCCGAGUACCCAUCCAAGGACGCAAAGUGUUUGUCCCAGAUUUCUAACAAGUGGCCAAAUAUCUCUGGCAAUGUGUAGCUUUAUGGAACUAUUCAGAAGUAGAGGCUUCCAGGGAUGGUGGAGCCUGACUUUAAUCUCAGCAGGGAAGAGAAACAGAUGGGUCCCUGGGAAUUCAGGGCUGACCUGGUCUACAUAAGGAGUUACAGGACAGCCAGGGCUAUACCUUGAGACCCUGUCUCAAAGCAAAGCAAAGCAAAACAAAAAAAGAAGCUUAAAAACAAAACUAAAAAACCAAAUAAAUUAUUUGGCUUUCCCGGCAGUGUUAAGAAAUCAGAGAAAAUACUGAAGUGUGUCUGAGUUCUUUGAGAAAGGAAUCACGACAUAGGUUCAUAUGUAUAUUAUCAGAGAAUUUAGCAUCAAAGGGAUGUAAGUCCUAUGCUCUAUAACAUAGUCACAUUUUAAUGAGUUUCCCCCUUGGCGGCUAAGAGAUCGAAAAAUAUCAUAAAUGUAAUCCUUUAACUCCUCUGAGUGACCAUGUGGCAAUCACUCCAUGAAACUGACAAGCAAAACUAUGCUGCAUGUGUUGUUUUACAGGGUAACAGGAAAAGUGGGUAGCCAGGCCUUUACACUGCAAAUGUGCCUCCUGUGGCCCUGGGCAGUGGAGAACUGUAUCAGUUUGGCCUGCCCACAAGACCCAGAAUGCUUAUCGCUGUGUACAAGUAGGUAUUUGUGAGUCUUAACAAAUAAGACAUGGUCAGUUUGUUUCAGCUAAAUGAUGCCAGCUGCUUCAGGACUAAGAAGACACCACCUUUUUGAGCACACGCUUUGGUGUUGUGUAGUCAGCAAACGCAGCAAACUCUCUAGCAUUUAGAAUACUCUUUUCAUUGUGUUCUGAGGAUGGGGUUAUUCCCAGGACAACAGAAAGAAGAGUGCAGCGGAAACAUCUUAUAAACACUGCUUGCUGGACUUGAAACUCCAGCUUAACUCCGAAUAUGUUCCAGAUAUUUUGUGUAUAUAUUUAAUAAGUAAAAUAUACCGUGCAUUCCACAUCAACUUACCUGCUAGGAGUCAAGAGCUGCACUGUGCAAGGGUAGGUGACUGUCACAUAUGUGACAGCUAAGUUCAAAUGAAAAUAAAGCAGACUACCGGGAGUGCUUUGAUGCCCAGCAGCCUGGCCUCCCGUCCUGGAAAUGACAUAAACCGUCAUCUGGUAGUUUGUGGUAGACAGUGAAACACCUUUGGGCUUAUUUUUCUUUCGAACUCUAGGAAAUACUUGUAUCUGAUCUGUGGCUCCUUAAGAUGCUUAAUCAUAAGCUGUUCUACUUAGACAUGAGAUUUUUAAGAAUUCUUCAUGCUGUAAAAAAGCUUUGGUGGCACUAUAAAAAAAAAGGCAUUGUGGACUAUUUGGCAUUAUGUGUGUAAUUUUAAUGAUACUUUGCAGAAUUUUUAGAGAUGUUUAACUACUCCUCCGCAGCUUAGCACCAGACCGCACAGCUCAAACCCUUUAUGGUGACGUUAUUGUUAUUAAAGAGUGAAUUUAAUACACAUUGUCAUUUGAGCACCUUACCGUAGCAGCUCAUCAAGGAGCAUGUCUGUAUUAAGAUGGUUAGCAUGUGAUGCUUAAAACCCCUGGAUACAGAGGGAAACUGUCACUAAAAAUCAUUUAUUUUCAUAUGCCAUGAAAUAUGUUUAACUGAUUAAAACGUUUUCUAAGAGAA